AUGGCUGCAUCUUCUUUAACAGCACUUUCCCUCUCCUUCCCAUUCAUCACAUCUACCAAAUCUUCUCCCCCAAUUCCCUUCUCUUGCUCUUUCCCUCGCAAUCUCCAUCUCAAAUCACCACGAAUCGUCUCAGUCUCCGGAGCUGCAACUCCCACCACCUCCGUUGAAGUUGACAGAUCCCCGAUCUCCGCCACUCCUAUCAAGGUUCUUCCGUUUCGGGUUGGGCACGGGUUUGACCUUCACCGAUUGGAACCCGGUUAUCCCUUAAUUAUUGGUGGAAUUAACAUACCUCAUGAUAGAGGUUGCGAGGCUCAUUCUGAUGGGGAUGUUCUGCUUCACUGCGUGGUUGAUGCAAUUUUAGGCGCUUUAGGUCUUCCUGAUAUAGGACAGAUUUUUCCUGAUAAUGAUCCUAAGUGGAAGGGUUGUGACUCUUCCGUGUUUGUCCAUGAAUCUGUCAGGCUUAUGCAUGAGGCUGGUUAUGAUAUCGGAAAUUUAGAUGCCACAUUGAUACUUCAGAGGCCGAAACUAAGCCCACACAAGGAUGCUAUCAAGGCCAACUUAUCUGCAUUGCUUGGAGUUGACUCAUCUGUGGUAAAUAUAAAGGCAAAAACUCAUGAAAAGGUUGAUAGCCUUGGAGAAAAUAGAAGUAUAGCAGCUCACACAGUUGUUCUUCUAAUGAAGAAAUGA